AAUUACACAAAAUAAAUAUUCAAACCGUCAUUGUUUACACUCAUACACACCUAAACAAGAGUCUACCAGAGACAGCAACGCCAACUCUGGUAGAAGAAGUGAAGAAGUAGCUGUUUGUUGAAUGCUGAACAGAGGAAGAGGAGAGCUUAAUUGCGCACACGAGUCAUGAGGAAGCGAGAUUUGGCCAUUCUUAUGCUUUCAGCUUUCGCCAUUUUCUUCUCUCUUCAGCAAGAUGGCGGUGUUUCUUUCAAAGAUGCGUGGAUGCACCUCACCGAUGAAUACCCAAUCAAAUACGAAGCCGAACGCCUUCCGCCGCCGCUCGUCGCUGAUCUAAACGGGGACGGCAAGAAAGAGGUUCUCGUAGCUACUCAUGACGCCAAAAUUCAGGUUUUGGAACCCCAUAGUAGGCGUGUGGAUGAAGGCUUCAGUGAGGCACGUGUGUUGGCUGAAGUGUCUUUGUUGCCUGAUAAAGUACGUGUUAUGUCUGGGAGACGCCCUGUUGCUAUGGCGACUGGAUAUAUUGACCGCUAUAAAAUUGGGCAACCACAUAAACAGGUUUUGGUUGUAGUAACAUCGGGUUGGUCUGUAAUGUGUUUUGAUUCAAACCUCCAGAAGUUGUGGGAAAAUAAUUUACAGGAGGAUUUUCCGCAUAAUGCUCAUCAUAGGGAAGUUGCAAUCUCAAUAAGCAACUAUACUCUGAAGCAUGGAGAUACAGGAUUGAUCAUUGUUGGUGGCAGGAUGGAAAUGCAGCCACAUAUUUUUAUGGAUCCUUUUGAAGAAAUGGGGAUGGGAGCCAGAUUUGCAGAGGAACAUCGAAGAAGUGCUACUGAAAAGGAGGCUUCUGAAAACUCUGGAACUGUGGAUUUGCGCCAUUUUGCAUUUUAUGCUUUUGCUGGUCGAUCUGGUGAUGAGCGAUGGAGCAGAAAAAUUGAGAACAUUGAAGCACAUUCUUCAGAUGCAUCACAGUUACUCCCACAGCAUAACUACAAGCUUGAUGUUCAUGCUCUGAGUACCCGUCAACCUGGAGAGUUUGAAUGCAGGGAAUUCAGAGAAUCAAUUCUGGGAGUUAUGCCACACCAUUGGGAUAGGAGAGAAGAUACUUUGUUGAAGCUUACCCACUUCAGGCGGCACAAGAGGAAAACAUUGAAGAGAACAUCUGGAAAGAGUAUGAAUUACCCUUUUCACAAGCCUGAGGAAAACCAUCCUCCAGGGAAGGACUCAAGUAAAAAGAUUUCAAACAUAAUUGGAAAAGCAGCAAAGUAUGCUGGUUCAGCAAAAUCUAAGAAGCACCUACCUUAUGUUCCCACGAUAACCAACUACACUCAAGUUUGGUGGGUUCCCAACGUUGUUGUGGCGCAUCAGAAGGAGGGGAUAGAAGCUCUUCAUCUGGCAUCAGGUCGAACAAUAUGCAAGCUUCAUCUUCAGGAAGGUGGUCUACAUGCUGAUAUUAACGGCGAUGGAGUUCUGGAUCAUGUGCAGGCUGUUGGAGGAAAUGGCGCUGAGCAGACUGUAGUUAGUGGGUCCAUGGAAGUGCUACGUCCUUGUUGGGCUGUUGCAACAUCUGGCGUUCCAAUACGUGAACAACUCUUCAAUGUAUCUAUUUGUCAUUAUACCCAUUUUAACUUAUUCCAACAUGGAGAACUUUAUAGAAGCUACAGUCGAGGUUCAGAUAUUACUUCUUUAGAGGUAGCAACGCCUAUUCUAAUUCCUAGAAAUGAUGGUCAGAGGCAUCGAAAGGGAAGCCAUGGCGAUGUUAUCUUCUUGACAAAUCGUGGAGAGAUCACAUCAUACUCCACUGGUUUGCAUGGUCAUGAUGCAGUUUGGCAGUGGCAACAAUCAACUGGUGUUACAUGGUCAAAUCUGCCUUCCCCAUCAGGGAUGAUGGAAGGUGGUCUGGUGGUUCCCACACUAAAGGCUCUGUCUUUGCGGUUGCAUGAUAAUCAGGAAAUGAUUCUUGCAGCUGGAGAACAGGAAGCCGUGAUAAUAUCACCCGGUGGUGGUGUAUUGGCUACAAUUGAACUACCUGCUCCACCGACACAUGUCUUGAUCUGUGAGGACUUUUCAAAUGAUGGGCUCACUGAUCUUGUUCUUGUCACCUCUAACGGAGUAUACGGCUUUGUCCAGACCAGGCAACCUGGUGCACUUUUCUUCAGCAUGCUGGUUGGUUGUCUCAUAGUCGUGAUGGGGGUUAUAUUUGUCACCCAGCACUUGAGUUCCAUAAAGGGAAAGCCUCGUCCCUCAUCAGGUCCUCGGUGAAUAGUUGAAGCUGAAAUUUAUACAAGCUGAACUCUGAAGUAGAAGAAACAGAAGACAAUGAGGUGUGCGCAACCAGUGGAUAAUCGAGGGUAUUCAAAAGGCGUAGAAUUUAAGGAAAUUGAGUAGGUGCUGAACAGUACAAGACUGUUUGUAUAAUUGAGAGAAGUGACAGAAUGACGUUGCAUGUAAGGAAAUUUCAUGUUAUAACAUUAUGAGGAAACUAUACUGUCCCCGAUUCCUGGAUUUGACUGCUGUUGUGAGGAAGCUAUACUGUACACAUUUGUCACCUCGUAAGAAUUUUCUUGCUUUAAGGGCGGUAUUGAAUUCACCGUCCAAUACAACUGGAAAUUCUCUCCCAUUUUUCAGACCGAAGUUCUUUUAUGAAUAAAUCUGCACGGGAAUAAGAUUUGUUACACAUAUUGAAAGAUGAGAAAAGGAGUUUGCUGAGAAAUUACUGCUCUAUUUGUUAAAUUGAAAGAUAGCUUUAGUUG